CUCCAUAUGCCGUGGAUGUGGCCCUAAAAAGCAAAAAACAAAACAAAACAAAACAAAACCACUAGUCAAUGUGGAUCACAUUUGAGAAGUUUGAUAAUGAGAUGAUGAGAGAACUAGAGUUGGUAAUGUAAUCAAGGUUAACUUUCUCCAAGGUCUAGUAGAUACACUGUUUCUGAGAUACUAUGAUACAAUAUAAAUAUGGGUGUGUUUGCAAGAGAGGGAAGGAGUCAUUAGCAAAGAGAAACUAAAGAUAUUGAAGAUCCAAGAGGUAAUAAAUGGAGCCAGUGGAAGAAAAUUAGGCCAAAAUACCCUAACUGUAAGCUUUCUCAAACAGUCAAGGAAUGCUAAAUCCAGACUUCAGCCCUUUGGGGCCAUCUGACUCUGAGAUCAUGGAAGCUCAUGAAAUCUCAUGCAUGUGAGCUCCUCCUUCCUGCCAUGACUGUUAAUGGCCCUGUGACCCCCAGGAUCCUUCUGAAGUUCUGCUGAGCUGUGCUGGGCAGCUGCUGACAGAAUCUUCUAUAACAUAGUUCAGAGUUGUGUUGCACUCUCACUGAACUGCUUUUAAACUGCUUCAAAGAAAGAAAACCAUGGACUUAGAGAAGAGACUUGUGGUUGCCUGAUGGGAGGGGGAGGGAGUGGGAGGGAUCGGGAGCUUGGGCUUAUCAGACACAACCUAGAAUAGAUUUACAAGGAGAUCCUGCUGAAUAGCAUUGAGAAUUAUGUCUAGAUACUCAUGUUGCAACAGAAGAAAGGGUGGGGGAAAAAACUGUAAUUGCAAUGUAUACAUGUAAGGAUAACCUGACCCCCUUGCUGUACAGUGGGAAAAUUAAAAAAAAAAAAAACAAAAAACAAAACAAACAAACAAAAAAAAACUGCUUCAAAGAAGAGUGGAGAAAAUCCCCCUGCCUUUGAAUCACAUAUUGUUAGCUUGACCUCUCUUGUUUCUUAUCCUUCCUCUGUCUCAGCAGAGACUUUGUUUAUAAAUAAUUCUUUCACUCUUUAGACGAAGAAGAAAAAGAAGUGUCUCUUUCUAUUUGAUUUCUAGCCUGACUCAAAGACCUGGUUUCCCAUAGAUGAAGCAACUUCAUGAAAGGGAGCAUGGCAGCAAGAGUUCCCCUAAUUAACCACAUGGGACAUGGAGUGCUUUUCUCCAGGCACUGGGGGAGAACCCUUCAGAAGAAAGCCCCUGGGCCAUUUGACUUCCCUGAGAAGCUAGAUCUGUGGUUGUGGUUAUACUCUUCUUAUUUGGUGGAGUGCAGAACAAUGAAUAUAAAGACAUUUGGGGAAUAGGAGAUAGCCCUCUCAGUUUUUGAAAGAGGUGGGAACGGGAUGAAGGAUGAAUUCGGUACUUUUGCAUAUGGGUGAGUGGUUUUGUUUGGUAUUCAUUGGGGAAGAUUCUUAGAGAGCCAGAAUUUUUUUUUUUUCUGAUGGUUUUUAAAAUCAUUUAUCUAAUUUUAAAAAAUUUUAUAAAGUAUAGUUGAUUUACAAUGUUGUGCCAAUUUCUGCUAUACAGCAAAGGGACCCAGUUAUAUAUUUCUACAUAUAUCUAUCUAUAGACACAGAUAUAGAUAUAGAUAUAGAUAUAGAGAUAUAGAUAUAGAUAUAGAGAUAUAGUUUUUCUCAUACUAUCUUCCAUCAUGUUCUAUCCCAAGAGAUUGGAUAUAGUUUGUGCUGUACAGCAGGACCUUAUUUCUUAUUCAUUCUAAAUAGUUUGCAUCUACCAACCCCAAACUCCCCGUCCAUCCCACUCCCUCCCUUCCCCCUUUUCGGAUAGCUUUAAAUGAAAAAAGACUCUUGAAAACUUUGUUGAGAUUUUAUAGACAUGUGAGGCCCAGGAAAAGACAGUAGUUCAGGCAUGAGGGAUUGUGGUGAAUUUGUGCUAUGGGACUAGAGAUGAUCAUAAGAUAACCUAUUAAAUUUUGUCUGGGACAUUAGCCCUGGAGAAAUCUUUUAAAUUUUAUCAGGACUACGAGAUCUAUGACUCUUUGCCUCCACUGACUUAUCUGCUUCUUUAUUUAUUUAAAUUUUAAAAAAUUGAGAUAUAAGUGACAUAUAACAUUGUGUAAGUUGCAUUGUGAUGCAUUUAUACAUUGCAAUAUGAUUAACUUCAUAAUGUUACUUAACACCCCUGUCAUGUUACGGAGUAGAAUUAUUGAAGUCCCAUCUCUAAUAACUAAACUAUCAGGUAGUUUAAUGCAACAAAGGCAAGUCUCAGAAUUCUGCCAUGCACACAAACACUUAUGAGUAGGUACAAAAACAACUAUCAUACCUGUUUUUUUGGAAGUUCGUGGAUGUCUCAGCUCUCUAUUAUGCAGGCUCUCUGAUCAGAAGAAUGAAUGAAUACUUCUAUCAAAGACAAAAUGUAACAGAAUCUAAUCUGGUGAGACAAGUGAUGGGUCCUGGGUUAAGGGACAAAAACAGAAAUGAACAAAUCAUGGGACCUAUUCCACCCCUCCAAGAUAUCUAAGUUGCUUGGCUCGUAUUCUAACAUCACUUCAAGCGAGGGUAUAUGUUUAUUUCUAGCCAAUGCACAUAAUUCUCAGUAACCUGGGUUUUAUGCAGAAAAUUUUUUUGGCCUUGCCUGCAACACAUGGAAGUUCCUCGUCCAAGGACUGAACCCAUGCUACAGCAGCAACUCAAGCCACUGAGUGACAAGGCUGGAUCCUUAACCACUAAGCCACACGGAAGUCCAAAAAAUUUAAAAUUCUCUAUGCCACUUGGUUUUCAAUGGGUACAAGUUUACUCCCAUUUCUCCUCUUCAGGAAUAUUUGGCAUUUUAUAGAGACAUUUUGGUUAUCAUGGCUGGGGAAUGGGUUUGUGUUAUUGACAUCCAGCAGAUAAAGGCCAGAAUUGCUGUUAAACAUCCUACAAAGCACAGGAAACACCUCAUGGAGCUCCCAUUGUGGCUCAAUGGGUCCGGAACCCCACAUAGUGUCCUUUUGAGGAUGUGGGUUUGAUCCCUGGUCUCACUCAGUGGGCUAAGGAUCUGGUGUUGCUGUGAGCUGUGGUGUAGAUCUCAGAUGAGGCUCAGAUCCAGUGUCGUUCUGACUGUGGCAAAGCCUCAGCUUCAGUUCCAGUUCCAAUUCGACCCUUAGCCUGGGAACUUUCAUAUGCAUAGGUGCAGCAAUGAAAAGGAAAAGAUAAGACCAUUUAAAAAGAAAAAAAGAAAAGAAAUACCUCAUUUCCCCACUCUCAGCAAAAAAUUUUCUGGUCCACAAUGUCAAUAGUACUGAAGCUGAGAAAACCUGCUCUAUGCUAAUUAAUAAAUCCUAUAGUGAGAAUGGCCAUUAUAGACAUUUGAAGCUGUUGCCAAACUCGCCUCUAGCUGUAGACUGCUAAUUAAAAUUUUUGAAAUGUUACCAAACCACUCCUAGAGUGUGAUUUCUAGAUAAGCAUAUUUCAACUAUUAGCUAAACCUCUUAAACCAUCAACUACAAAUUAACCCAGAUUAAGAUUAACUUGCACACACAGAUACAUCACAGCGGUCUAAACUACAGAAAUUUAAAGCAAAUUGAAUUCAGUAUGAUAUUUGGAUUUUGUCUUUAUUUUUAGUUAAUUAUGAAGUCAGCCAAGGGAAGCCAGUACCUGAGUUUCAGUUUUUAAGAUACCCACUUAAAAAUGGUCUUAUUCUCAUCCACAGAGGGAUUUUGUUACAACUUCUUUUGUGUCUUCAAUAUUUCAUGUCAAAAAGUAAAAAUAUCUACCUACUUAAGAUGAUUCUAAUUUACUAUUAUAAUAAAUAUUCCAAUGAAUGUCGUAUAAGUUUUAAUAUUUAAAAUAUUUUGCUAAGGCUUCAUGGUGAAAGGCAGGCUCUAAACAAUCUCAAGCCUCUCAAUAAAAAUUUCCAAAAAAUUGCCAUUCAGGAGAGUUUGUACCAAUUUAUACGUCUAAGUAGCAAAAUUGUUUGCUUAGCUAUUAGAAUAGCUGAUAACACUAAGAUAUUACACUUACUAAAAGUUAGACAUGAUUGCUUUAUAAUUUGCAAAGCAACUCACACAGUAUAUUUUAUUAAAUCAGGGCUGUUGAGCUGCUUAAAAGGAAAGUUUCUAUUUGUUAUUGGAGUGUAGGUAGAGUUCUGACUGUUUGUAUUUGACUCCAUCAGCCAACAAGUGAAGGACCUGAAAAUAUGGAUCAGGAGAAUCAGACAAUAGUGACUGAGUUUUAUUUCUCCGAUUUCCCUCAAUUUGAGAACAAAAGCCUCUUAUUCUUCAUCCCUUUGCUCUUUAUUUAUGUGUUUGUUAUUGUUGGAAAUUUCAUGAUUGUCCUUGCCGUCCAGUUGGAUACCCGUCUUCACAAUCCCAUGUACAAUUUCAUUAGCAUCUUCUCCUUCCUGGAGAUCUGGUACACCACAGUGACCAUCCCCAAGAUGCUCUCCAACCUUAUCAAUAAAGAGAAGACCAUUUCCUUCAUUGGCUGCCUUCUGCAGAUGUAUUUUUUCCACUCCCUGGGGGUCACAGAAGGCCUCGUUCUCACAAUGAUGGCCAUUGACAGGUACGUUGCCAUCUGCAACCCGCUCCGCUAUGCCAUCAUCAUGACCCACCGACUCUGCAUCCAGCUCUCCGCUGGCUCUUGCAUCAUUGUCUUCCUUAUGCUACUGCCAGAGAUUGUGUGGAUUGCCACGCUUCCCUUCUGUGGCCCCAACCAAAUCCAUCAACUCUUCUGUGACUUUGAACCUGUGCUACGCUUGGCCUGUACAGAUACAUCCAUGAUGCUGGUCGAAGAUGUGAUUCAUGCUAUUUCCAUCCUGACUUCUGUUUGUAUCAUCAUGCUUUCCUAUGUAAGAAUCAUCAUCGUGAUCCUGAGGAUUCCCUCAGGCGAGAGCCGGCAGAAGGCUUUCUCCACUUGUGCAGCCCACAUUGCUAUUUUCUUCCUGUUUUUUGGCAGCGUGACACUCAUGUACCUGCGCUUCUCUGUCACUUUCCCACCGCUCCUGGACAAGGCCAUUGCACUGCUGUUUGCUGUCCUUGCCCCACUUUUCAACCCUAUAAUCUAUAGUCUGAGGAACAAAGACAUGAAAGAUGCCAUCAAGAAAGUCCUCUGUUCACAAAAAAUAUUCAAUUUUUCUGGAAGCCAAUGAGAGUUCACACACCUCUGUUCAAAGAACUGUAAGUUAAAAAUGGUAUCAAAUCAGUUAUUUAAAUUACUGUACAUGCUUUAUUUCUGUGUACCCACGUAGUUUGGGUAUUUUUUUCCAAUUUUCUAAAAAUUUCCUUUGCUUAUUCUUUCAUAUUCUUAUAUCAGUUAUUACUAUUUCAUUUAAAAAACAUUAAUAAGAUGUGCAAGAGUGAUGUUAAGUCUGAACAAGAAGCCUAGCUUCCUAAUAUUCAUCUUAGAGACCUUUACCCCUCCAUAGGUUGUCUUUUGAUAAAUUAUGAUGGCUAUGCAGUGCAUAUAGCCACUGACCUUAGGAUGUUCAUGUCAUGCUGUUAUUAUAAACUCCUUUGUGCUAUGUUUCACAUUGUUUUGAAAACUCCAGACCAAACACUCUUGAAAACUAGAAGAUUAAAUAGACAAAAUAUAGAGACUUGGGUCUAGAAAAUGCGUAAGUUAUGUAAUAUAUAUAUUUAUGCUUUGAUGUGCUGAUUAAAAAUAUUGCUAUAUACAUUAUGUUAUGUUGUGUUCUAUUAAAACACUAUGACAGUCUCAUACCUCAGUGUCUUUGUUCUUAUUGCUUUUCUGCUUGGAGUUUUCCUCUCUGUUUUUCUUCUCUGCCUUGGAACUUAUACUUACCAUUAAAAAAUGCACACACAUUUUAUCCUCUGGGAUAAAGGCCUGUGCCUUCUACCCACAAAGGUACACUAAUUGUUUUAAGGGUUGAGCAAAUCGUCUCCAGAAACACAUGUUUUUCCCCAGCUCCUGGGGGAAGCAAACCAAUUGUCACUGGUACCAAAAAAGCAGGAAGCCCAAAAGGUGAUGGAAGAAGAGAGGUAUCAAAAAUGGAAAUACCAAUAGUAUAGAACACAAGAAAAAAAAAUUCAAUCCACUUUGGUCAGGUUGCUAGAUAAACUCUUAAAACCAUUUAGGAAAGUUAAGGUGGAAAAAGUGCCAGCUCUCAACUUUGGAUCAGCUCCAGACCCCGUUUUCAUGGCUCUGGGAUCUGGCUGGAUCCUUUAUAUCUUCUUAACUCUGGUAAAUGCAAAUCAUCUCCAAUAUUAAUAUGAGCUUUGUGAUGCCCCUGAGGAAAUUUUUAGGGGUGAAAGAAAUUAUAUAGACUUUUCUUCAGUUACAUUAUUAAAUUUAUUUGAGGUAAACAUUCAGAAACCUAGCUCUUAAUCUUUGAAUUUGUGCUUAAAUAUCUUAGUAUUUUUCCAUGUAUAAGUCUAACAGAUUUUAUUAUUCACCAUUAAAAGUGUCUGACAAGGGAGUUCUC